GCCUCCUCUUCGGCGCAGUCCCGCAUCUAUCAAUCUAACCAGGGUGUAGGUAAGUGGAAUCGUGAGAACAAUGGAAGAUACAGUCUCAUUGCUUGUCUCCUCUCCGUCCACGUGGAUCUCGAAGAGAAGGUCUAUGGAGGAGACUAAUCAGGAUGAUAUUAUUGUGGAUGUACAAAAUCUAUUUAUCUCAAAUUCAAUGAAAAUGGAUGGCAAAAACUAUGACGGUGGAGGUGGCUGUAAUGGUGUUUCUGGUUCGCCUUUUGUUAAUAGGAUAAUACCCAGUGGAAGAUGUUGCCGUGUAACGAAAUACCCGCUUCCAGAUCUCAUGGAAGCAAAGAAUAUUGCGUUAUAUGAAAGGAUUGUUGCUCUCAGCAAAAUGUCUCUUUCUUUUUACGAGAAGAAUCAUCCAGGAGAGUCAUAUGAGUUUGACAGUCUCAAGCAUGUGAAGAGUGCACCCAUUCUUGGCAUAACAUAUUUCAUCACGUUUUUGGCAAAAAAAUUGGGGGCAGAUGGUAGUCCUUCAGGAAUGUUUAAAGCCCGAGUAAACGAGCCUAGGAGCAGUGUCAAUGUGCAGAAAUGUGAGCUGACAAAUUAGCUUGGGUAUUGCUCUCGAUUAUGUUAAUUAUAUUCUGUUUAUGUAGUAUUAUUCACGUUUUAAUGGUUGCUAAUAGUAAAUAUAUCCAUGGGCCACUUCGAAGUGAAGAAAUGUGAGCGGGUUAAACUGGCUUGGGUAUUGCUUUGGGCCUUUGACUUCUAUUAAUGGAUGUCAUACUGUUUAUGGAUAUUGAAUUAUGUUUCAAUAGUUGCUGAUGAUAAAGUUGUUACUGUUGUGUAGCCUGUGCAUAUAAGUUGAUCGAUCGACACUUGUAGUUUAAUAAAACUUUUAUUUACUCUUCCUG